AUGCUAACAAAAACUCAGAUCAAUAAGCUGAGAAAAGCAAUGAGCCACGGUACAGGGUCGGAUAUUAAAAUAUCAAAAACACAAAUCAGAAAGGCUGUUAGACAGGGUGAUGGUUUGUGGGGAUCAUUAAUCAGUAUAGGAAGCAAGUUGCUACUUAUGGCCAUGCCAUUAGCCAAAAAGGCUAUUGCGCCGCUUGCAACAGGCGCGUUAUCAGAGUUAGCCAGUCUCGGUGUUGAUAAAAUAUUCGGAAAAGGUCAACGAGGAGGUUUUCUUAUUCCGCAGGAUAAAAUAGCACAGUUGAUUGCAUACAAACAUUUACUAUCUACAGGUCAGAAAAGAGAUAUUCUUAAGGCUGUACAAACAGGUAACGGAUUAGUUAUCAGACCAACAAAAACACAGCAGGGUGGGUUUCUUGGUACUCUACUGGCGAGUAUAGGAGUCCCUCUGUUACUAAACGCAUUAACAGGAAAGGGUACCCAAGUCGAUAGUACUGGAUCACCCGCUAAUACAACAUCUGUUUAUGUCCCUCCUAGUGUAACAAGUAAUCACAAUGGCCAUGGAAUGUAUAAUCCGUAUCCUUACAUGUCACCACCCUUUUUUGGAACAUGGGAAAACCCG